AUGAAAUCAACCUGGUCCUUUGUUGCUCUCUCGGGUCUUGUUGCGGUGGCAUCAGCUCGCCCAACAGGAAAUACCCAAGUUUGGAGCCAGUUGCGGAAGAACAUCAAGCAUGUCAUUUACCUGACACUGGAGAACCAUUCUUUCGACAACAUCGCCGGGUACUGGGACUUCCACCCAGAUAUAGACAACCUGCGCAACAUCUCUUUCUGCAACGAGUAUACAAAUCCUAACUGGACAGUAUAUGGAGAGCCCUUGGAUAUCUGCGCAGGCCCCUAUGAGACCGAGGUGCCACUGACAGACCCGGACCAUAACUUUGCCGGUGUCAGCUAUGAAAUCUUCCGCAAGUGGAACCCGACCAAAGAUGACGUGCCAAAUAUGGGCGGCUUCAUUGAGCGUCAAUCAGAGAAAUACUCCGAGACGCCUGGCGAUGCCUCAUUCGUUAUUAAAGCUUAUGAUGAGGCGAAGACUGCUCUUCUCGCGGAGCUGGCAAAGAACUUUGCUUUCUUUGAUUCUUAUUUCGCUGAACAUCCCGGCCCAACCAAUGUUAACCGCCAAUUCGCUACUUCCGGCUCAUCGUGCGGCUUCGUCGACAACACUGACCAGUCUGCUGGCUUCUGGAACAAUGUGACUGGUACUACCUGUGCAACGUCGAUCUUCGAAUCUUUGAGCAACAAGAACAUCUCCUGGAAGAAUUACUACGAGACUGAUAUUGUCGAUGCAUUCAUGUACAAGUGGGUGCAAGAUAACGCCAUGGAUAACCUGGCCCAUGCAAGCGAGUUCUACAGUGACCUUGAGCAAGGAACCCUACCAACCUUCUCAUACAUUAACCCCGAAUGCUGCUCCGUCGACUCCAUGCACCCGACCAGCCCCAUGGCAUCGGGUGAGCAAAUGAUCAAGCAUUUAUACGAUUCGCUACGCCGCUCCCAAUACUGGGAUAAUGCCCUGCUCAUCAUCAACUUCGAUGAACACGGUGGUUUCGCUGACCAUGUCGCACCACCCAUGAACGUGCCCCAGCCCAAGGACGGUAUCACCUUUACUGGUACCUCCGACGGCCACAAUGUCACAUAUGACUUUACGCGUCUUGGAAUUCGUGUUCCUGCCUUCCUUAUCUCUCCGUAUACUACAGCCAACACUCUCAUCCACGACCAGGGUACCGAGUACGCCGAUAACUCGGCUUAUACCCACAGCUCCAUUUUGCAUUUCUUGCAGGAGCUCUGGAGUCUCGAGGGCCUUAAUAAUCGGGUGCAGUGGGCUAAAACCUUUGAGUCGGUCUUUACCAACGACCGCCGCACAGAUACUCCUGAGACACUGACUACGCCUACGUGGAAUGGGGGUGCUGGAGAGCCCGAGCCAAGCGCAUUCUAUCUUCUUAACCAGGACUAUAGCUACUACGCUGAUAUGUAA